UCGACCUCCAGUAGUAGUGGUAUUAGUCGUCUCGUCAUAGGGCGAGAAUUUUACGACCGGGCAGCUUUUCCGUGGGGUAAACGAUACCUUUGCGGAGCGGAGAGCGGACCCCACCAAACGGACGGCAAGCUGGAUAACUCAAUCGUAAACCGGUACCUUAGCGUGGCUGAUGACGAGUUCGUCUGGGCGGUAGAUCAGGACAUCCGGGAGUUCAUCGCGAAGGCUAACCAGAAAAGCGUUCUAAUCUUCCCACCGGUAAACAACUAUCGGCGCUUCCUGAUCCACAAGGUGUGCGAAAGUGUCACCGCGGACCAUGAGUUGGUAACGUUCUCGAUCGGUGUCGGCAGCGAGCGGCGCACAGUGGUCUGCUAUCGUCAUCAGCUGCUGCGAGACGUCAAGGCGACUUCGACCAAAAGCUUUGAAGAAUCAACCGAAAGUGCUCCCGUAAGCUGGCGAAGUACAACCGUUGGGCCGGCUCUCGUGGGGACAUCGACCAGUGCUUCCAGCAGCAGUAGUGUUAGUGCAGGGGGGAAUCACAGCAAUUGUAGUGCACCGUCGAACAAUAGUAGUGUUGGUAGUGGUAGUAAUAGUGGGACUGUUGCGAGCGGUAGUGCAAGUGUGAACACAGGUGCAAGUGGCAAGAAGCGUGCUAAACGUGACCUCACGUCGACCUUAACGGUCAAUGCUGGAGGAGGUGGUGGUAGCAGUAGUGCUAGUAGUGGCGACAGCAACAGCAAAAUGGGCGUAGAAGCGGCUGCUGUUAAUCAUCAUAAUCACCAUCAUGGACACUAUUUCGGCGGUGCCAAUGAUUGCGGAUCACUCAAAGGUUCGCCUUUGGCGUCAUCACCCCCGUCAGCCGUCAAGUUUUCCGCCGUAGGGAUCUACCGGCCACCGGCAGCUCGGAAGGCGUUAAAAUUUUCCGAAAGCGCUAUCCAACUCGCCCCGCCAGCAGCCGGCGAUAAUCCCAACGAGUACGGUCACUACCACCCUCCACCGCCAAUUCCUUCGGCUACACAGGCACAGCAUGUGAGCGCAGCAAAAACUGCAUCCGAAGAAAAUUUAGAGGACCCACCCCCGAUACCGCCCCCAUCUUCUGUCGUUGCAUCGAAAUCACCUUGCAAGGCUACUGCUACCGGCAGUGUUAGUAGGGCACCAAAGCAAGAAGCGACAGGUGAUGAUAGCAGUGCUACUAAAACCGAUAGUAGUACACCGCCAACAAAAGCGAUAACUACUGGCAAAAGUAAAUUGACGGUAGCAGAUGUAGCAAACGCUGUAGUUAUAGCAGCAGCUGAUAGUAAUAAUAAUAAUACCGGCAACAGCGCCGAACAACCACUUGUUGCUGCGGCAGUAACUAGUCAAGGAAAUCAAACCUCAAGUAGUAGUACUACCACCACUAGACCCGCCCGUCCGCACCGGGAACGACGACCGGAUCGUGCCGUGUACAUUCCACGGGCCCGUCGGAGUCUAACUACCCCGCCGGUAACUGCUCCCAGCCAGCAGCAAUCAUCCACCAGUGCUUCCACUAGCGUGACCAGCGCAUCGACAACCGUAACUUCGCCACCGUCACCGCCGGUGUCAACUUCCGGUAGUCUUUCAGCUUUUGCAACUCCACUCAGUUCUCCACCCAAGGUACCGAGCAAAAAAGAACGAUCCAACGGCGAGAGGGAACGAAAAUCCAAAGCAAAGGACAAACCUCCACCACCACCAGCGGAUACCGUAGUUCCGGACCUUGAAGUACCAAACAUCGCCAACACUGUGAUAGUGAAUCAUCGAAAGAACGAUUCGGCUGCCUCAGUUGACAGUAAUUGUACCGUAAGUUUUAAGAACCGUAGUCAUAGUGUAGAGGAAAGUGUCCCGGCCAACGGAGUCCACCAAGAGCUAGUGAAGCUCAAGAAGCAAAAAUCGGAAGAGGUACCUCGAGAGAACGUAGACCAAGACUGUGAUUUCGCACCCAAAGCAGAAGCGAAAAGAGAACGAAAGGAACGCCAGAACGGUAGCAUUUUAUCGGAACUGAACGGAAGUACAAAUCACAAAGCGAUAGAAACCAUGAACAAAUCCAAUAGAAGUCGUAGUUCCAAGCAGAUCAGCGGUAACGCUACUGCAUUGAUCAUCAACGAUAAAAUCGGAACAAAUGCAGCUGAUAAGAUAGACAAAGAUGAGAGGGAACUUAGAAGAGCUUCCCAGGAGAUCAACAGAAGCAAUAGGCGAAUUAUCAAGCAAUCGUUCGCUUCGGAUGUGUUGGAAAUUGCCGAACAGGAACCUGCCGAGAAAGACAUUUCUACGGAAAAGGUUAACGGGCAGGCGAAACAGGAUCCGGAACGGUUAGUCAACCCGGAAGAGGACGAUUGGGAGUCCAUGUACGAUGAUAACGGAGAUUGUUUGAAUCCGAAGCUAAUGGAAGAAUUGACAUCGGCGGUGGGGAAGGUGUCUAUCGAAGUUCCCCGAACGGAUUAUAAGCUGUAUCAAACGAAACAAGCCGCUCUAAACGAGGAAGAAUUUCCACACGUGUUGGAGGUGUCCAAUUUCCCGGUGGAGUUUAGAACACAAGAUCUCAUGAUGCUAUUCUCGCAGUACAAAGAGUCAGGGUUUGACAUCAAAUGGGUUGAUGACACACACGCUCUAGCCGUUUUCAGUAGUUCCAAGAUUGCGGCCGAAGUUCUUGCCAAUGGUCACACGUUUGUGAAGCUGAAACCCCUAGCCGAGGCCACGGUAGAGUCUCGCUCCAAGGCCAGAAAGUGUUCCAGCUCGCUGCAACCGUACCGACCUCGACCGGAAACCUGCGCUGCCCUGGCCCGACGACUCGUAACGACGGCCCUCGGGGUCCGACUGAAGACUGCCCCCGAAGAGCGCGAAAACGAGAAGCGCGUGCUUCGGGAAGCCAAGGAACGCAAACUGCUCGCUGCCAAACAACGGGAAGAAAUCUGGGAAAGCUAAAACCUGCACAUCACCUAGAAACAUGACCAUCCCCAGCCAGCCCAAGCUCAUGGAGGGCAAUGCAUUCUUUCGCUCGUAAACGCUGCCGUAGUCAUUGUGAAUUUAGAUUUUCAAACUUUUAGGACACACUCAUUUUGCUUCCGGCCCCGGAUUGGUGGACACGUGGUUGUAUAUGUCUGUGGAGCAUUUCUUUUUCCGUGGUCGCGAUUCCGUGUUGUGGCCGUUGUAUCUCACAUAAGCAGUUUUGUUAGGAUUGUUUUAGUAUCCUAUCGCAAUAAAGGCGGGAGCAUAUAUUGUGUCUAUAAAAAAAAGUGUAAUUGUAGGCUCAUUAACCAUUUCAACCACCUUACGUAAAGAAGGUGGAAAAAACAAGCUGCAUCAGAUCAAACCAUGGAAACAAAUACCUAUAUAUUUAAUAAUUAUUGUACACUGUAUAGAACAAAACGAAAAAGUUGUGUAGAAUGUAAGUGCGAACAAUGAGAAUGUUAUUUACAGGUUUUUAUCAAAACGCGACUCUUACUGCGGAAAUAGAGUGUAAUUUUAUUGUAAAUAAAAAAGUAGUUCAUCAAUAUCAGGAAAACUUGAAUAUCCUGAAGUUAAA